GGCGGCUACAGAAGGGGGGCUCGUGCACCGAGCCGGACCGCGGACUUUCCGCUCGCGCAAGCUCGCAAGCUUGUCUCCGUCGACGAGCGGCCUUCUUCCGCUCUCGUACGCUCGCCAUGCACGCUCCCGACAUGGCCCACUUUGACGAGCAGGCUUCGAACCUCCUGCGCGCGAGGGCCGACGAGCUGUACGAGUGGCUCGGACCUCACGCCAGCGCCUCGGGCCACCAGAUCAUCGGCGGCUGGCUCAGCCUGAGCCCUGCCGACCGCGAGACGGUCACGGACGUCCUGAUCGCGACCUGGGCAAAAGGGCUGUGCACGGGCCAUUUCCAGUUUGACGCGGUCGCCUACGACAGCUUCCAGCGCGGCUUUGUGCCGGGCCACUGGGAGGAACACUACGGCUUUCAGGGGCAAGUGACCCCGUUCGACACGGCCACGAUCGUCGGAAUGUACCGGAACUACAUCGUCUCAAGGGUGCACACGGCCGUCGACGAGUACACUCGCCACCACCGCCGCAAGCGCGCCGACGAGUGGGCGCACGAGCUCCUCGGCCCGGGCGGCCUGACGGUCGUCAAGCUCACCCGCCUCGGCGAGAAGGCGACCGACUUUAUCCGGUGGCGGGUCGUCCACGUCGAGGAAGAGGUGAGGAGGGACUCGAGGGACUUGGAGCGUCUCGACGAGCUCAUGUGGCCUGCCGACAAGUUCAUGCGCCUCGCCACGGUCUACGCGCAGUCGGCCGAGCACCGCUUCGCCAUCUACCGCCACCUCCUCGAAUCGCUCCAGCUGCUCUACGCGAAGGAGAACACGCUCAACUCGGCGCACGUCGACCUCAAGGUCACCGACGCCCGCCGUGUCGCCCAGGCCAUCGCCGAGUGGACGAGCGACGCCGCGUUCCACGCUUUUCAGGCCGAGGAACCCGAGCACCAGGCCCACACGGUCUCGCACGCCCGGUUCAUGAUCCUCAACGCGUGCCGCAAGUUUCACAUCUCGGGAGAGACGCUCGACGUCGACGAGCUGAUUCGCGGCAUGAAGGACGUCACGUUCGACGACCUGGAGUGGCCCGACUUUGAGACGACGAGCAACGAGAAGGCCGAGCCGCGCCGGCCUGCGUACUCGCUCGCGCACGGUCCCCAGAUCUCGGACUACUACGCGCAGAGGCACUACGGCACGACGGCGGCGGCCUGGAGCCGGCGCCAGCUCUGA